AUGACCGCCCUCUUCACCGUUCCCAUCCCGGCAUGUGAUGACCACCCCGGCGGCACGGUCGUGUGCAGCGAGCUCGCGCCGGCGGUCUACCUGCUGACCUUCACCUCGCCGCCCGACAACCGGCUGACGACGGCCUUCUGCCAGGCGAUGCUGACGGCGCUCGACAUAGUCGAGUUCAGCUACCCGCCGGGCGUGCUGGUGACGACGUCCGGCAUCACCAAGUUCUACUCCAACGGGCUCGACCUCGACCACGCCCAGGCCGUCGACGGCUUCUGGGCGCACAGCCUGUACCGGCUGUUCGCGCGCUUCCUCACCUAUCCCAUGCCCACGGUCGCCCUCAUCAACGGCCACGCCUUCGCCGGCGGCCUGAUGAUGUCCAUGCACCACGACUACCGCGUCAUGAACCCCGCCAAGGGCUUCGUGUGCCUCAACGAGCUCGACUUCGGCGCCGCCCUCAAGGCCCCCAUGAGCAGCAUCUUCCGGCUCAAGCUGUCGGGCCACACCUACCGCUCGCUCGUCCUGGAGGCGAAGCGCUUCCCCGGGUCUGCGGCGCUGGAGGCCGGCAUCGUGGACGUGCUGGGCGGCGCGGACGAGGCGCUCAGGCUGAUCAAGGAGCGAGACCUCACGAAGAAGGGCAAGACGGGCGUGUACGGUCUCUUAAAGAUGGAGAUGUACCGCGAGAGUCUGGAGUAUCUGUCUCCGGAAGGACAUGACAAGUCAGAGGCGCGGGACAGGGGGCUGAUGGAAGCCGAGGAUGAAAGGAUGGAGCGCGGAAGAAAAGCAGUGGAAGAGUGGAAAGUGUCAGGGAAAGCAAAGCUAUAG